AUGCCGGUCAAGUCACGAUGGACGGAACCAAUUCCGAACUGCUCGUUGCAGAAAUGGAUAUUUGGUUCCUCAUUUGAGCCUCUCACCGACCGCAAGGCCUUUUAUGAUGCCGACCGCCCAGAUACCCACUACCUGACCUUUUCCGACUACCGGCUCGUGGCCAAGCAGAUCGCUAUUGGCUUGCAGAAUGCCGGUCUCAAGCCUGGCGAUCGCGUACUGCUCUUUUCGGGAAACAAUCUCUUCUUUCCCGUCCUUUUCCUCGGCGUCCUGAUGGCCGGCGGCGUCUUCACUGGAGCUAAUCCCGGCUUCGUAUCACGCGAGCUCGCAUAUCAGCUUAAGGAUAGCGGCGCCUCGUUCAUGGUGGCCGCUGAGGGUAGCCUUGAAGUAGCUCUGGAUGCCGCAAAAGAGGCCCAAAUGCCAGUAAGCAACGUCUUUGUCUUUGACACUACUGUCAUCGGCUCGACCCAGCCAGAGAAGCCCCCACGAGGUGGCGCCCGUCACUGGACGGAGCUCAUUGCCCCGAAAGCCCAGGCGGAGAAGUUUGAGUGGAUUGAACCGGCCGACGCUCGCAUGACAACGUGUUGUCUCAACUACAGCUCCGGCACAACGGGCGUGCCCAAGGGCGUCGAGAUCUCACACUACAGUUAUGUCGCCAACGGCGUUGGUGUCGUCAAAGUUCAAGCACUCGAGAAGGACUAUGAGGCUUACAUCGCACGGUCUGUCGGCCUCUGCUUUCUGCCUCUGUACCAUGCCUACGCGCAGACAUACUUUGUUGCCAACUUUGCCAAGCUGGGAAUUCCUGUGUACAUUAUGCCGAGCUUCGACUUCGUCAAGAUGCUCACCCACAUCCAGCGCUAUCGUGUUACCCACCUCGUGAGCGUGCCCCCCAUCCUUGUCGCUCUGACCAAGCACCCCAUCACCGCAAAGUUCGACCUGAGCAGUCUCGAAUCUGUCGGCUCUGGAGCCGCGCCACUCGCUAUCGACAUUGCUCGUCAGACGGAGCGCAUCCUCAACAAACCUGAUCUUAUCGUCCGUCAGGGUUGGGGCAUGACUGAGCUCACUUGUACGGCCCUGACAUGGGACCCCUCCCGGCUGGAACGCAGUGCCUCAGUCGGCGAGCUCAUGCCCAAUUGCAUGGCGAAGCUACUUGAUGAAAACGGCAAGGAGAUCACAGAGCCUAAGGUUCCUGGCGAGCUUUUGAUCACAGCUCCGACAGUGAUGCGCGGCUAUUGGCGUAAUCCCAAAGCAACCCAGGAGACUGUACUCACCGACUCAGCCGGCCACCGGUGGCUGCGAACGGGUGAUAUUGCCUAUUUUGACGAGUACAAGACCGGCAGUCUGUUCUACAUUGUCGACCGUAAGAAGGAACUCAUUAAGGUCAAGGGCAACCAGGUCGCCCCCGCUGAGCUUGAGGCCCUUCUGCUCGAGCGUCCAGAUGUAGCUGAUGUGGCCGUAAUUGGUGUUGCCAUAGAUGGCGACGAAUUCCCCCGGGCCUACAUCGUUCGAUCACCGGACACCAACGCUUCUGCCGAAGAAAUUGCCAAGUGGUUAGAGGAGAGAGUUGCCAAGCACAAGCGUCUUAAGGGGGGCGUGAAAUUUACUGAUGUUAUUCCCAAGAACCCGUCCGGUAAGAUCUUGCGAAAGAACCUCAGAGAACAAGCCAAGAGGGAAAUGGAAAGCGAAAAGCCACAUGCCAAGCUAUAA